AUGCCUGAUGGGCAGGUUGCUACACAUGAAGAAAAGAAGAAAGCCAAGCGGAAGAUCGCAUUGGAGGUUUUGAAAGUCGACAAUGCUAAAGAUCAACCAGCGCUCGUCUCGUGUAGACUCGAUACUGCGCACAAAACGGUAACGUUCCAGUUUGCGCCAGAUUCAGAUAAACCUUCUGUGAUUGCGGAAAAACUUCUGGCCGAGAACUGUCUUGCCCCUCAUCAUGUUGCUAUAGUGGAAGAUCAACUAGAGCAGAUAAUUGACGUUUGUCUUGUUAACAAAGGAAAUCCUCGUGUGGUUGGUACAAAACUUACAACAGUAGUAGAAACACAAACAACUACCACCACUAGUAACCUUUCAUCUGGGCCACCUACGGCAAGGGCUGCUGCUUCUCCUGCACCACCAUCUGCAGCUGCUCAGUUAGUUGCUCAGGGAGUUGCUCCG